GACGCAUGCAGUGCAGCUUCAGCAAUGGCGUCGUCGUCGUCUACGACCGCUACUACCAGCUGCUGCCCCCUACUGCUGGCGCUCUUAUGGGUCCUCAUGGCGGCACACCGCGGCCACGCCGCCGCCGUGUUCACCGGCCUGGUCUUCGAGAGCCCGGGUGAGGCGGAGGCCUUCGAGGACGCGCUGCUGCGCCAGGCCUGCUUCAACGUCUCCUUCUUCUUGUCCGCGGGUGGCCGCCGCGAGGCCUGCGUGUCGCGGCUCGACACGGCGCGGGGAGGCGCGGGCAGCGGGCCCGUGCCCGUGCUCCGCGCCGCGCUGCGCGACACGCUCGGCGAGGCCGUGGGCGCCGCGGGAGCGGUCCGGGGGCUCGCCUCGCUGUCCAACCACGCGCGCGAGGAGGUAGCGCUGCGCGACUGCGUCGAGCUGCUGGGAUACUCCGUCGACGAGCUCGGGUGGGCGCUGGACGCUAUGGCCGCCGACGACACCGACGACGGCGGCGGCCUGGAGCUGCUGGACUCGCCCGGCCGCCGCAGCGCCUCAAGCCGCGCCGAGAACGACAUCCACGCGUGGCUCAGCGCGGCGCUGGGCAACCAGGACACCUGCGUGGCCGGCUUCCACGGCACCGACGGCCGCCUGCUGCGCCGCGUCGAGGCCGCCGUAGCGCAGCUCACGCAGCUGGUCAGCAACCUGCUUGCCAUGCACAAGCGCCUGCGCAGCAUCACGCCGCUGCGCCACGGACCUCCUAAAAGUAACAGCGCCUCCUCCGGCGCCGGCGACGACGAGCUGCCGCCGUGGGUGAUGGACGUCGAGGACGAGGAGGAGCUCGUCGCCAAGCGCGCCCGCCGCGCAGGCAGGACGUCGUCGACGCGCGUGGACGUCGUGGUGGCGCAGGACGGCAGCGGGCGCUACCGCACCGUCAGCGAGGCGGUGGCACGGGCGCCCAGCCACAGCAAGAGGAAGUACGUGAUCUACGUCAAGCGAGGGGAGUACCACGAGAACGUGGAAGUCAGGAAGAAGAAGACCAACAUCGUCAUCGUCGGCGAGGGCAUGGGCGAGACGGUGAUCUCCGGCAGCCGGAGCUUCUCCAGCGGCUGGACCACCUUCCGCAGCGCCACCUUCGCGGUGUCCGGCGCCGGGUUCAUCGCGCGGGACCUGACGUUCCGCAACACGGCGGGUCCGGCGGCGCACCAGGCGGUGGCGCUGCGCGUGGACUCGGACCGCUCCGCCUUCUUCCGCGUGGCCGUGGAGGGGCACCAGGACACGCUGUACGCGCACUCGCUCCGGCAGUUCUACCGCGACUGCCGCAUCGCCGGCACCGUGGACUUCGUCUUCGGCAACGGCAUCGUCGUGGUGCAGCGCAGCCUCGUCGCCACGCUGCCGCUGGCGCCCGGCCAGACGGGCAGCGUCACCGCGCAGGGCCGCAAGGACCCCAACCAGAACACGGGCUUCUCCUUCCACGGCUGCGUGCUGGAGGCCAAGUACCCGACGUACCUGGGCCGCCCGUGGAAGCCCUUCUCGCGGGUCGUGGUCAUGGAGUCCUACCUGGGCUCUGGCAUCCAGGCCCGCGGGUGGCUCGAGUGGGCAGCUGCUGGCUCGGGGGACCACAGCCCGGGCCUCGCCACGCUGUUCUACGGAGAGUACAGGAACUACGGGCCCGGUGCGGGCGUCGCGGGCCGAGUGAAGUGGCCUGGCUACCACGUGAUCAUGGACGCCGCCGUCGCCAGCCGGUUCACCGUCAGGCGAUUCAUCGACGGGCUUGCGUGGUUGCCCGGCACCGGCAUCACCUUCACGGCGGAUCUAUUCAGGAGAUGACGAUGGCCAGCGCUAAUGCAGUUGCUUGAUUGGGUUACAGUAUUUUUUUUGAAGGGUGCACAAAAUAAGGAUAUUUUAGUAUCAUAUUAUAAAGAUCAUAAGUAUUGCUAACCACAAAAUAAGGACAUAUUAUAUUAUAAUGAUGAAUAUAAAAUUGCCUUUUUUUUGGGACAUAGGGAUAUAAGGUGUUAACUUUGUGCGUUUUUCCUUGAGUUGAUAUCACUUUGGUAAGUAAUUAGGGUUGUAAUGUGUUGCAAACUAAGUAUGUACGUAAAAACGUAAUUGUGUUAUAUUGGUACAGAAAGACCCUAAGAUGUAAACUGAACAAGUAUAUAAUUGUUCUAUUUUAUGAGAUAACUAGAUAUGUGUCCGUGCGUUGCCAUGAGGCGAUGGGAGCAUGGGUUUCCGU